AUGGCGUCAUCCACUGAAGACACUGCUGCAAUCGCAGAAGAACAGCUGAUUGGCGCGCUCAAACAGAAGUUGCAGGAUAUGAAAGACGACUUCACGAAAGAUUCUACUACCCUUAGACGUUAUCUCAUCGCCAGGAACUGGAACAUAAAGGAUGCGGAAUCCAUGUUGAGAGCUACCGUAGAUUGGCGGAAAGAGAAUCAACCAUGGAGACAGGAAUGUCUUCAGUGUUACGAGCAACCGGGUUACCAUUCCUGGCGGCAGGUGGGCAUGGACAAACGUGGGCGACCAGUGAUCUAUUCCUGUUUCUCCCAGUCACCAGUAAGAACAUAUACAGUUGAUGAUAGCUUGAAACAUCUGAUGUACUUAAUGGAAAACGCACAACGCACCCUGCCACCCACUGAAUACCAGUGGAUAUGGCUCCUAGAUUGCACUGGCAUGCCUACUUCUGCUUACACCAAUCCUAAAGUUGGAUACACGGCGUUCCAGAUACUCUCUAACCACUACCCAGAGAGGUUAGGAAUGAUGAUCAUCUUCAACUAUGACACAAUCUUCGAAGGAAUAUUCAAAACGUUACGCUUCUUUCUCCACUCCAACACCGUAGGUAAAGUUCACCUCCAUCGCAAUAUGAACAAGAUUGAGACUCUAUUCCGCGAAUUAUUUGACGAUGAACUAGUUCAGUGGGUGAACGAAGAAAUCACUCUAAACAAAGAAGUUCCUUUAAGAGACACGCAGACAAACUUCUGGAAUAUGCCUAGUAACCCCGCAGACCACGACCCGCGUGGAUGCCUGACUUAUGUCAAUAAAUAUCUCAACACACACUUUAAAGAGGCAACGCCUGUCGAAAGUCUUGUCAUGACGAUGGCUCCCAAGAUUAAGAAGCAUAGACCACAUCCGAAUAUCUUAGAUGACUUGCGAGAUCGAGCAGAUGAAGCAGCAAUUGAGAAAGCAGAACGAGAAGCGAGACAAAAUUUGGAGGAGGAAAAAGACUGUACCAUCUUAUGA